AUGACUGAUAACAGCAAUUCGAAGACUCCUUCAUCGUCAUCACAAUCACCGCCACAAAAGUCUCAGGCACCACCUCCAUCCUCUUCAAAAUCCUCACCGCCACCCAAAAAUUCAAAUACAGAUUCUCCACCAAGAAAUAACCCACCUCCACCAACUAAAAAAUCCAAUAACAACAACAAUAAUGACGGCACCAAGAAUGACCAUACUAGUAGUGGCGGCAACAGCCAAUGGCUCUCACCACCGCCACCUCGAUCAUCGUCGAAGUCAUCGCCGUCUAGUGAUUCGUCAAUAGCGUUGGUGCCUCCAAGUGGGACAUCAUCAAAGACACCAUCCUCAUCAUCCAGCAAAUCUAGUAGCGGUGGCUCUACGGCAUCCAUUCCUCUUAUAGCAGCAAUUGCCGCUGGAGCUGGUUUGUUGCUCGUUAUCGCAUUAAUUUGCUGCUUGGCCUGCUGCUGCUGCAGGAGAAAGAAGAAACACUAUAACGGCAACGGUACCUAUUAUGCCAACACUGCUUCGCCCAUGCCCUAUCCACAGCAUGCCCAUUGGCAGAAUCCGCAAGUUCAUGGUGGCGGACCUGGUCAAUAUUACAACGGCCCUCACAAUCAACUGUAUAUGCAGCAAAAUGAAAUCCUACCUCCACCGCCACCACCUCCUUUUGCAGGCCAUCCAACGCCACCUCAUCAUGGUGGACCGACAAGCGGUGACAUGAAUUACUCAGGCUACUCAGGGCCACAGGGACCUCUAGGGCCGCCCCCGCCCCCGCCUCCAGUCAUGCCUGCUGUGCUAAAUCAGAGCAGCUUCACUUAUGAAGAGCUAGCGGCUGCAACCGAUGGAUUCUCUCGGGCUAACCUAUUGGGUCAGGGUGGGUUUGGAUACGUGUACAAAGGGAAAUUGCCCAAUGGCAAAGAAGUGGCGGUGAAGACUCUGAAGUCGGGUAGCGGGCAAGGGGACCGUGAAUUUACGGCUGAGGUUGAGAUCAUUAGCCGUGUUCAUCAUCGCCACCUUGUGUCUCUUGUGGGAUAUUGCAUUGCAAAUGAGCAAAGGAUUCUCGUUUAUGAGUUUCUUCCCAAUAACACUCUUGAGUUCCACCUUCAUGGAAAGGGAAACCCAACUAUGGAUUGGCCUACCAGGCUUAAAAUUGCGCUGGGAUCAGCAAAGGGGCUUGCAUAUUUGCAUGAAGAUUGCCACCAUCGCAUUAUCCACAGAGACAUCAAGAGUGCAAACAUUCUGCUUGAUUUCAGUUUUGAAGCUAAGGUCGCUGAUUUUGGCUUGGCUAAGUUGACCACAGACAACAAUACUCAUGUAUCCACUCGUGUAAUGGGAACAUUUGGGUACUUGGCGCCCGAGUAUGCUUCAAGUGGCAAGCUCACUGAUAAAUCUGAUGUUUUCUCCUUCGGAGUUGUGCUUUUGGAACUAAUAACUGGACGACGCCCUAUUGAUGCCACUGGGGCUAUGGAAGACAGCUUAGUGGACUGGGCUCGACCAUUAUGUAUGCGUGCUCUUGAAGAUGGCAACUACGAUGAGUUAGCAGAUCCUUAUCUAGAGAGGAACUAUCCCGUCCAUGAGAUGGCACGCAUGGUGGCAUCUGCCGCUGCUUCCAUUAGACAUUCUGCAAAGAGAAGACCAAAAAUGAGCCAGAUUGUGCGUGCCCUAGAAGGUGACGCUUCUUUGGAUGACUUGCAGCAUGGUAUGAAACCGCAAGCUUCGGCAGUUGGCAGCGCAAGUUCUAGAUCUUCUGAAUACGACAGCAGCUACUCUGACGACUUGAAGAAGUUUAGGAAGACUGCCGGAAUAGAUCAGAGUGGUGAAUUCAACAACAGCAGCGAAUAUGGAGCAACAAGCGACCACGGACCCGACAGCAGCGACUAUGGAAUUGGAAACCGGGGCCAAGUUCCUCCAGUAAAGCCGUUUCAAAAAUGAAAGAGUAGAAGUUUGGUGAAGUCGUACAUGCACAAAGUUUACUUGUGAAUUAUAACCAGUAUUUCAGAAACUGGGAUUUUUGUUCGUGCUUUUUCUGUGCUCCUUUUUGUAUAUUGUUAGACCUAGAUAGCGUUUGUCAAUAGGGUGUGUUGCGUUUUGCAAGAAACAUUGAUUUGCAGACAGACAGAUUAACUAAUCAUUUCGGCUGUCUUUUCCCU